GGGUGUUAACGUAAUAUCAAAGAAUUGGUUUUUUUUUGGCUUUCAACAAAAUGCCUUUAAUUCAACGUAGCCUCUUUUCGGAUCGCUACAAUGGGAAACACGAGCGUUUCUACGACCGCUACGAUGAAGUAUUCCGGCGUAUACCCAACAUGCCCCCAAUGCCGCGUCCAGCUGCCCACACCACCAAUGGCCAUUCGGCCAAGUCCAGUGGCAGCAGCGAUAAGGCCAAUAACAAGGUUGUCUUUCAUUAUGGGACCGAUAGGCUCGGCAGCAACACGGACUGGCGUGCCGGGGACGACAUACCCAUUGUGGUGCGCCGCGAAAUGGAGGAGGAAUACAAUAUUCAAUUGAUGCCGCAUGCUACAAAUACGGGCGGAGAGUUCAGCCACACCAUCUGGGAGAUUGAGCACACGGCCGAGCAGGAUCUGAGCAUUGCCAAAGGCAAGAAGCCCAAGACUGUCAUCCUAGAGAAGAAAAUGGACAACAUCAAGGUGCUGGCCAAGGGCAGCUCUAAGCCGAUCGACAUCAAAAUGGAGACCGACUUGGAUAUCUGCAUGGAUGAUGAAAUUAAUUCUGCCCCACCACAGCCGCCAAUCAAGAUGGAGAUCGACCCGCCAUUGGCCGAAUUGCACGCCAAGGUCUUUGAGCCGCCAGAGCCGAUCAAGAAAGCAGAUCGCCGUCGUACCAAACAGCCCGGUGAGAUGUUUGAGUGCAAGGAGUGCAUCAAGAAAUUUGAGCACUCCUGGAUGCUCGUCGCCCACCAGCGCGUCCACACUGGUGAGAAGCCCUUCGUCUGUCCCGAGCAGACCUGCCAGAAGUCCUUUGCUGAUCGCUCCAAUUUGCGUUCGCAUCAGCGCACCAUGGGCCACCACAGCUGGGACCAUCAGUGUGGCCAGUGCGGCAAAUACUUCAGCCAGGAGUGCUACCUAAAUCGCCAUACUCUCGAUGCUUGUCGCAAGUACUUGCUAUCCAAUAUGCAUAAGAAGUAUUAGAAGUCGGUUCUAUAAGACUCUUGCUGCUGGUUGUAAACCUUUUUUAUAGGCUUUUUUUGAAUGGCCCUUAAUUCCACUCCACCUCACGAUAGGAUUUGAUUUCAACUAGAAUUCCAAGAUAUUCAGACAGUUCACAAUAUUUGUAAAACAUUUUUUGAACUCGCUUUUAAAUAG